CUCGAGUGCAGGUGCAGAGCCGGCGAGAGGGAGAAAGAGAGAGAGAGAAAGAGACCGGAGGGGAAGCGGCAGGAUGCGAUCGGCAGGGAGCGGCGGCGGCGGCAGGCACUCGCCUUUGGUGGCCGCGGCUGGGAUUUUACUGCUGUGCGUUGCUGGCAGAGCCAGAGCUCAGGAGGUCCAAGCUGAGAAUGUGACCGUAGCAGAAGGCGGCCAGGCCGAGAUCAACUGCAGGCUGCACCAGUACGAUGGCUCCAUAGUGGUGAUCCAAAACCCAUCUCGCCAGACGCUCUUCUUCAACGGCACGCGGGCCCUGAAGGAUGAGCGGUUCCAGCUGGUGGAGUUCACCCAGAAGCAAGUCCGCAUCGUGCUCUCCAAUGCCCGCUUGGAAGAUGAGGGCGGCUACUUCUGCCAGCUCUACACGGAAGACACGCACCACCAGAUUGCCAUCCUUACCGUGCUGGUGCCCCCUGACAACCCCUUGGUGGAGAUCAAGGAACAGGCCGUGGAAGGAGGAGAAGUGGAGCUCACCUGCAGCGUCCCCAGGUCACGCCCUGCUGCCACACUGCGCUGGUACCGGGACCGGGACCGGAAAGAGCUGAAAGGAAUAGGCAGCAAGCAGGAGAACGGGAAAGUGUUCAGCAUCACCAACGUGGUGCGCUUCCGGGUGGAGCGCAGGGACCAUGGCAGCGUCGUGACGUGCGAGGCCACCCACCCCACACUGCGUGGGCAGCGGAAGGAGACGCAGUACGUGCUAGAUGUACAGUUCGCUCCCACAGCCAGGAUCCAUCCGUCUCAGGGGGUGAUGCGGGAAGGAGACACUUUAGUUCUGACUUGUGACGUCAAAGGCAACCCGCGCCCCACGGACAUCAAGUGGAGCCGAGCCAACGACUCCUUGCCAGAGCGGGCCUUGACGGAGGGAGAGCUGCUGACCAUCCCCAGCCUCAGCAUGCUGGAUAACGGAACCUACCUGUGCCAGGUGGCCAACAAACAUGGCCGCUCGUCGGACCAGUAUGUCCUGGUGGUUUACGACCCCGGGGCCAUUGUGGAGGCCCAGACUUCAGUGCCCUAUGCCAUUGUUGGGGGCAUCCUGGCGCUCCUGGUCUUCCUCGUCAUCUGUGUGCUUAUAGUCAUGGUGUGGUGCUCCAUCCGGCAGAAAGGCUCCUACCUGACGCACGAGGCAAGCGGCCUGGACGAGCACGGAGAAGCCCGCGAGGCCUUUCUGAACGGCGGCGAUGGCCACAAACGCAAGGAGGAAUUCUUCAUCUGAGCCUGGGAGAGGGGAGGGG